CCACAGGCUCCUCAGCUGUGGGCUGCUUGUCUGGCACCCGGGAGUGCUGCUGUGGACUGCAAAGGCCUUUGGAAUAAUCACCAACUGUCAGACCCCAGAAUAAGCUGUUUUGCCCUUCUGGGCCUCAGUUCCUCAUCUUUAAAAUAGGGACAAUAUUAAGGAUUAGAUGAGAUAACAUGAAAGUAUUCCACCCAGAGGUUGGCGCAUGGCCCAAAAAAGCAAACAAUAGCUCCCUCCACUCCCCCAGGACAUGAACAGCACACACUUCACACCCACCUACCAAGAAGCCAAACCAUUCAGAGACCAGAGGUUUGGACGCUUCAGGUCAAGAGAGAGGUUAUUCGCUGGGCAAGUAGUCCAACCCUCCUCACCCCCCCCCCCCCACCCCUUCAGGGCUCCUGCAGGAGGCUCUCAAGAUCUCAGAAUGCAGUGGGCCUGUGGCAGGUGCUCAGAAGAUGUCUCUGCAUUGGACAGUAGAGCAUGGACAGGUCCAGACAGGAAGAGCCUGUGAAGAUUUCUGGAUGCCAGGUCCUACCUUUGCCACCCCCCACCCCCAGGAGCCAUGCCACCUAAAGCUACAUUUUUGAGACCCUGUUGUGAUGUCACUGCAUUCUCUGGAGACACAAUAUGACAACCACUCCUGUGGUUGCACGACAGUAAAUUCAGAUGUCAAAGCUGAACAGAACCUUAGAAGUCAGACCCAAGUUCCAUUCCACAGAUGCGGAACUGAGGCCCAGAGAGGUUGGGUAGCUUUUGCAAGUCAGUGGUAGUCCCAGCGCCAGAGCCCGGCAGUAAUCCUGAUAUUCCUAACCCAGUGCUCUUCCUUCUUCAGGUCCGGGUAAACUCCUUACUGCCCUGUGUGCAGAAAUCCCACCAGGGGCGGCAAGGCCAGGGGACCCCAUCAGGCUGCAGGGGUGGGGGUGUCUCCCAAGGCAAGGGCUAUGUCUCCUCUUUCAGACCAGCGGCUCUCCUGGGAUGGGGUUGUGUGUCCUCUAUCAGACUGAGGACUGCAACUGAGUUCGGGGCCCUGGAGUCCACCUAACAAAUCCCUUCUUGUGGGCCAGUCGUGCCUCCACCUCCCGCCUUGCACAGCGCUGGGGCUGCACAGUGAAGAAGGAUGUUGGUGUGGGGUUGGGCAGGGCCUGGGAACUCUGUGGGCUGCCCACAGCCAGGACAGCUCCUUGUCCUCUCCAAGUCCCAGAGGGACGUUCACUGUCUGGGGGCAGGAAAAUCACCAGCUAUGGACGACACCCCACUGGGGCCUUGGGGCAGAGCCAAAGGCCUGAUCCUCAGUUCAGCCUCAGAACCAUGACCCUCACCUUCUGUGACCCCCUCCCCCUGCCACCUGGCUCCUGAGGGUAGGAGCUGGGUUUGUACACCAGUGUCCCACCCCACUCAAGCCAGGGCUGGCCUUGGGAAAAACUGGGACUGGGAACAAGCUUUAGCCAGGAGGGAUUUGCUCUCUUUUCCCCUACUGCUCUCAGGAAAGGUCCAGGCAGUGGCUUCACCUGGUUGUGCCUGCCAGUUACUAAGUGCCUGGAACAGGCCACUUGAGAAGGAACUUUGGCCCCCUGGGGGCCAGCCCCUCCCCAACACCGCCUCUUAGCUUGAGCCUGGAGACAGCAGUUUCUCUCCUUUGAGACAAGGCUAGUGCUGGUGAGGAGAGGCAGCUGGGCUGGGACCCGGGGUCCUGGACAGGGUGCAGUGCAGUCCCACAUCUUCGUUCACAAUCUAGGCAAAGCCCACCCCAUCUCUUGGCCUCCCUUUCCUCCCCUGUGACAUGGGAAUAGUCAGACACCCUCUUCCUCCCAAAGAGCCCACAAGCAAGGACAGUUAGGACUAGGCACUGCAGAGCCUACUUUCCUCCAGGAGGGAGACUGUCGGAACCGCUCCCUGUCAGCCAAUGGCUGGCCUCAGGGGGGAGAGAAGCUGGCAGAGGGCCUGGGAUAGUAUUCAUGGGGACUACUGCCACCCCCUCCAUUUCCUCCUCCUCUUCCUGUCUGGUCCCUAGGGCAGAGCAUCUGGGAUAUUUCUGGCUGCCUCCUCCAGGCCUUCGGCUUCCCAGGCACACACAAGUGGCCCCCACACCCAAGCCUGCUUUGAUGGAGUGACCUGGGUGGGAGUUCCCUGAUGGGGGAGGCACGUUUGUGUUGGGUCUGCAGAUUCAUACGUGAGGACAUGUGCAUGCUUGUGUCCCAGGGGGAGGGAAGGUCCCCUGCCGCCUCCCAAUGCUGGCUUUGUCUUUGUGAGCCUCUCCAUCCUCCUGGAGAAGUCCUGCAGUUGAACAUCUCCAGAAUGGCAGAUACCACCCUACACGGGUCUGGGUCUCAGUUUCCCCACUUGUAGAAUAAGUUGGCAGGAGAAGGUAAUCACUAAGCUCUCUUCCACCUGACUUUGGAACCCAGAGUCUUAGCUGGUCACCCAAGAAAGUUCAGUGCAGUGGGGAAAGUGCCCCAGGGUUGGGCAGCCGAUGGCCUGAGACUGUGAUCCCAGGCUAAAUGACCCUGGGCAAUUCUCUUUCUGGUUAUCCACUAUAAAUGAAGGGGUUGAGCCACAUGAGCCGGAAGUUCCUUCAAAUUGUGACCUUCUGGCCCAGCAUUUGUAGCACAGAGGGACAGCAGGCCCGUGAUUUAAGGGUGCAUGCUCUAGAGUCAGCCUGGCUGAGCACCAGGCCUCGAUCUGCCACUUACCAGCCCUGUGACCUUGACCAUGUGACUAAACCUCUUAGUGCCUUAGUCUUCAAAUCUAACAAAUGGGGCCAUUAAUAAUAUCUUACUCAAAGUGUUGCUAUAAGCAGUAUCUAUGAAAUUAGGGGAAAUAAUAGCAUGUACUCACAGAAUUAUUACAGGAAUGAAAGUGCUUACAAAAGUGUCUGACACAGUGCAAUUUAAGUGAUAAAUGUUCUAUUUCACGAAGCCCUUCUCCUUCUCACUCACGGCUAUAUGAUCAGCAGCCCCACUUCGCUUUUCCUAAGGUUUAGAGACACAGCAAUGGAGCUCUGGCAAGUGGAGAAUAGACAUUGGCUUCCCAUUCCCAUCCCAAUUUGGGAAGUACUUCCACAUUCAGGGGUUUAUUGGACACUGCCUGCCACCCUCCUAUUUUUACAGAGAAGGAAUCCAGGCUCAAAAUGAGAUUGGGUGCAGUCAGGGUGCAGGCCAACUUAGAACUGGAUCCAGACCCCACCUGGCUUACUCUAUUUGCUCCACCUCUGCCUCCUCCCUCCAGUGCCCAAGUACCCCCUGCCCACCAGCCGAUGGGGUAGGCUAGGCAUUACUCCUGUCCUUGCUUCCUCCCAGUUGAAUGACCCUGAACAAGUCACAUAAAUUCUCCAAGAACUUUACAGAUAUUGUCCCAAUACAGGUUUGCCCCACUAUCUGAAAGUACAGCAUUCCUUCAAAACCUUUUGCAAAUGAAAAUGGCCUAAGGCGAAGAAGCAAUUAUCUUAGGGCACAUCUUGCUAACAGAUGCAGAAAAUAAGUUGAGAUGAAGCACAGAUGCUCACAGACACGGUUCAGAGUUACUGCGACUGAAUGCUGAGAUGCUGAGCGUAGUUCCCAGGGAAGGAGCGCGGAGGGGCCUCGCUCCCUGCUGCGCAGGGUGCAUGUGCCACCUCUGCAAGGACUGGCUGGGAAACCCUGAACGCCAUUUUCGCUUCUCAGAGUUUUUUUUAGUUAGUGAAAGCAGAUACUAAUGCAGGUCUUUCGAGAAAGCAGAGUGGCAUAAGGUGAACUUUCAAAAAGCGGGGGAUACCUGUACUAUGGCCCCGUUUGGAGGAAACAGGGUCGGAGAGUUACGGCACUUGCACAAGUGCAAGGGCAUACAGCUGGUCUGGUGCAGGUUGAAUGGGACAUCUUUGUAAGGAUCCCUCAUGGUGCCCAGCAGGCAGCAGGCAGGUGCUCCGUACAUGGUCACUAUUAUCAUUUCCCAUGAGGGACUGAGUGACCGUGAAGGUCUCUGGAUGCCCUCUGGGCCUGGGGCCAUACAACCCGCUAGCCACCACAUCACAUGAGCCAUACUAUCUUUAGCCACGGAUAUAUUUAUAUCCGGGGGAAUUUUUUUCUGCUACGGGGGAGCCCCAGGGUCGGUGGCCGCUGAAUCCAGGCCCCGCAGCGAGGCGGCCUCGGCCCUCCCGCUCGCCAUGCCUCGGGGUCCAGAGACCGCGGUGCAGGUGUGGGUGGGUGGCCAGCUCUUCCAGGCCGACCAGGCCCUGUUGGUGGAGCACUGCGGCUUCUUCCGCGGCCUCUUCCGAUCCGGCAUGAGGGAGGCGCGCGCGGCCGAGGUGCGCCUGGGCGCCCUGAGCCCGGCCGGCUUUCGCACUACGCUGCAGGUGCUGCGCGGCGAGCGGCCGGCGCUGGAGGCUGCGGAGGACCUGCUGCAGGCGGUGGAGUGCGCCGCCUUCCUGCAGGCGCCGGCGCUGGCGCGCUUCCUGGAGCACAGCCUCACGUCCGACAACUGCGCGUUGCUGUGCGACGCGGCCGCCGCCUUCGGCCUGCGAGACGUGUUCCACAGCGCCGCGCUCUUCAUCCGCGAUGGCGCGCCGGACCUGGCGACCGAGCUGGCGCUGCCCGAGGCCCGCGCGUACGUGGCGGCCCUGCGGCCCAGCAGCUAUGUGGCCUUAAGCACGCACACGCCCGCGCCUGGCUUCCUGGAGGACCAGUCGCGAUCGGUGUGUUACCUGGACGAGGAGGAGGACGCGUGGCGCACGCUGGCCAUGCUGCCCUUGGAGGCCAGCACAAUGCUGGCCGGCGUGGCCACGCUGGGCAACAAGCUCUACAUCGUGGGGGGCGUGCGGGGUCCCAGUAAGGAGGUGGUGGAACUGGGCUUCUGCUACGACCCUGAGAGCGGCACCUGGUGCGAGUUCCCCAGCCCGCACCAGCCGCGCUACGACACGGCGCUGGCCGGCUUCGACGGCUGCCUCUACGCCAUCGGCGGCGAGUUCCAGAGGAUGCCCAUGAGCUCCGUGGAGCGCUAUGACCCGGCCGCGGCCUGCUGGAGCUUUGUGGCAGACCUGCCGCAGCCGGCUGCCGGCGUGCCCUGCGCCCAGGCAUGUGGUCGCCUCUUCGUGUGUCUGUGGCGGCCAGCUGACACCACAGCUGUGGUGGAGUACACGGUGCAGGCCGACGCAUGGCUGCCAGUGGCCGAGUUGCGACGUCCGCAGAGCUAUGGCCACUGCAUGGUAGCCCACCGCGACAGCCUCUAUGUGGUGCGCAACGGGCCAUCCGAUGACUUUUUACAUUGUGCCAUCGACUGCUUCAACCUGGCCACGGGCCAGUGGACGGCGCUGCCCGGCCAGUUUGUCAACAGCAAGGGAGCGCUCUUCACAGCGGUGGUGCGUGGUGACAUUGUCUAUACUGUCAAUCGCAUGUUCACACUGCUCUACGCCAUCGAGGGCAGCGCCUGGAGGCUGCUCAGGGAAAAGGCAGGCUUCCCAAGGCCCGGCUCCUUGCAGACCUUUCUCCUGAGACUGCCUAGUGGCGCUCAAGGGCCUGUGGCCUCGACAACACCUGAAUUGUGACUCCUGGGCCGGGCUUCAGGAGGGAUGACCUCCUGAGUUCUCCCUGAGUCAUGGCUGGGUCUAUGAGGCGGGCCUUCGGAGCGGCGGGGGACUCCUCUUCCUGGUUGAGAUGAUCAGAUCUCACGUUGUCAGGUGGUGUAAACAUGCCCAAGAAACUCAGGGCACAAAGACGAUGCUAGGGUCUGAGCCUUCAAAUUACUUGGGCAUUGCUGAAAGCUGGUGGGUCGCAAUGUCAGUGGCGGCGGUGGGGGAGGGGAGAAAUUGCUGUCAUCUAGGCUUGUGUGUGAAUGGGCCAGGAAUUGAGCAUGGGUGGGAGUGGGUUAAGUGAUGAUAAUCAAACUGCUAAUCAGUAGGCAAAAAUUAGGCAACUACUAUGUGCCCAGCACACUGCUUGCCCUAGUGUAGUUGGUAGUUGCCAGCCAGACAGAGGUCCACCAAGCUUAGAGUUUAGCCCAGAAAAAACUCAAUCCUAACAGAACAUUUAGAGGAUGACAGAAGUUUUACACAUAUUUGUCUUGGUCCACAAAGGGUUGAAGGCAAUAUUAAAAAAAAAAAAGAAAAAGAAAAAAACCCCACAACGUAAUAUAAAUAUAAAACAAAGUACUGAAGAAAUUAGGGCAAAGGGAAAAUAGGGAAAGGAAAAAUAUGUAAUUCCAGGAAGGAGGGUACACCAUGUGAAGAAGACAGGCAGGAUAAUUAGCUGCUGAAAGGGAGGCUCAUAUGGCAGAAACAGUGAGAGCUCAGAAGGCCCAGAAGAGGAGAGAUGAGGGACGGCUUCAGCAGAUGCGGAGUCUCCGUGAACCCUGCCUUUGAGGCAGAGCAGCUGUGCAUGGAGACAUCUGGGGCUGGGGCAAGGCUGGGCUGGUUUGCAGAGACAAUAACUGAACCGAACAUGGAGAGAUACCAGUGAGGAGAAAAGGUUUCCUUACCCCCUUAUAGGGUUUGAAUCUGCAGGGGAGAACCCAAUUGUAAUCCCCUUGCCUACCCCCCCCCUUUAUUUCAUCACCCCAGGGCAGUGGGCUAUUAACUUCCAUGAGUACAGGUCACUCAAGGUAUGAGCCAGUCCUGACCAGGUCUAAUUGCCUCAUCCUAUCCUUCCCCCACAUUCUACAGGUUAACUCUCUCCUCCUAGCCUCUGCUCCUGAUAUUCUCUGGUCCCGAAUGCCUUUCCUCUUCUCUUUCUGUUGGCUCUGUCCCCACCUCCUCUGCUCAGAUUUGGCUGGUCGUGAGCUUGGCCGCCCACACUGCUUACUGAACCCCUGACUGAUGUCAUCCUGCGUGUGUGCACGUGCAGCCGUGCAAAUGUGCAGAUAGAAGGACAGAGAUCCCACUGUGCCGUCAGCUGGGCUGGGACACUCUCCUGCCUACAGAGUAACAUGGCGAGGUCCUGACAGCACCCAUGCUGCAGAGGCCACUAAUUAGGAACCUGGUGUUAGAUGAAGACUCUUAUCCCUCCUUUAAAAUGCCCCCACCCUGGUUCCUGAUCAGACACCCACCCCCAACCUCCAUCCUUUCCAUGCCUCUGGGCAGACUUCUCUGACUGGUCCUGAAUGGUCUCCAUCCUCCAGGACCUGAGGCCCAUGUGAAACCCCGGCCUCCUCACAAGUGGAGAAUGCGGUGUCAGCAUGGCACCACCUGGACAUGGAGUCUAGUAUCAGGGCCACCCCCAACUGCCUUUUCGCCUAACCUAUGUCUCAAGCCUCGGAGAAUGCUGCUCUCAGAAGCCUGGGACGUUCUAGCGCUGGAGUAGCCUAAUCUGAUGAGUCACAACAAUAAAUCCUGACUUUUG